CACUGAUUGUUGCUUUCCAUUUCUUCUGUCAAUCACGACAUGGAACAACAGACGAUAAAGCAACAGAAAAUGCCAAUGCAUAGCAGGACAAGUAGUUGCACUCAAAGCAUAAGACUCCGAGACAGUCGGAAUAGCAUGGAUUUGAUUGAAGGGACUACGCAGCAGUUUCCUCAAGGAAACAGAAAAAGACCAGAAUCUACGGCCACGUUAGAUGCACGUUUACAGAGACAGCGCUGGGAUGCCUUCUUUGAGGCACAAUAUUCUUUUGGCGCAUUUGUUCAAGGUUCUGAGCAAACAGAAGAACAAGAUCAAGAAGCGCAUCAAAAGAAAGUAGAUAGACUCAUUGAUGAUGGUAAUUUGAUGCUAGAACCACUCAAGUCACCUCGCUCAAGUACUAGGCCAAGCUGUGAUGGUUCCAUGUCUCAUUGUACUGCAUCUUCUACGCCAACAGCGGGCAUUUUAACACCUACGCUACCUUGCCUGACUGACAACAGAGCUUCUAUGAAUAAACAAAUUUGGGGCCCUCGAGAUGAAAAGACAUUGAUAGAGCGUUUAGAGCUUUUAAAGAAAAUUCGUGUAAAAUCAGAAAAACAGACACAAGGUGAUCAAAAAGAUGCAGAGGGAGCUUUGGAAGAAGAUCAAAGCAACAAUACCAUCAGUAAAAACUGUAGCACUCUGACUGCCCGUUGGAGACAGAAAUUAGUAGAAAAAGCAAAAAAACUACGUAAAGAAGCUCAAGAUGAUGCAGGAAGUACUUUGUCCUCUGACUCUUCUUCUUUGGACCCUGAUGAAAAGCAACCAGAUAUGACCAAUGGAGCAGAAGAGGAACAGAACCCGAAGUUUGGAAGAUGUCGUCGAUCCUUUGUCUGUUUCAUGCUUGGAUUUUUGUUUCCCCCUUUUUGGUUGUUUGGUGCAUUCUACGUUUCAUCUUAUGCAGACCGUCAAACUUCAGCAAGUAGAAGAGUUGAUCGUAUUUGGCGACAUCGUUCUCGAAUUGCUUUUGGUACUUUCACCAUUGCUCUUAUGAUUAUUUUAGUGAUUGUCUUUGUACUGAAACCUGAAACUGUUGGUUGGAGACAUAGCAAGUUACAGUCACUACAAUAAUAAUAAAGUUGAC